UUUGAGGAAUAUCAAUUUUGGAGAAAAUCGGCUGAACAUUGUAGCCGCAAAUGUUGUUCACAGACGGACGGACGCGUCGUAGAGAGUCGUCAUGAAUUACAAAAGACGUAAACACCGAAAAUUAUUAUAAGAACAAGGCCCAAAACAUAAACAGGAUUUUUUUAUAGUUUACGACGUGUAACAGCCUGAAUAUCCUUUUUUUCUAAAUGUUGCAACUUAUUGUAUCUUUGUAAUAAAUGUUGAUUGAAAUGUAGAAAGAUUACUGCAUAUUUUAUUUUUUUGGGCUGCCUGUUUGAAGCCAUUUAGUAAUAUAAUGAGUUAAACAUUGUUAACUGUAGCUCGACAAAUAAUAUUUGGGGGAAAAUGAAAAAAUCACGUGUUUCAAAAUUUUGCUUUUACUUUUCACGAAAAAAAAAAAGUUUCAAAAACUGGGACAUAUAGGUCAAAUUUUGCUUAAAUGGAAUGACCCAUAUCCCAUGACCUAGCUCACUUUAUUAACACAAAAUCGUUCUCUCUGAAUAGAACCUCAUAUAAUUGCACAGAAGAUGCCUAGUAAACAAACUGCUACCAACGCAUUCUAUUGGUGUUUUCGACGGGAAGAAGUUCAAAGUAUCUCCAGUUUAAAUUGACAACGGUCUGGUGGCGUGUGACUUGAAAAGAUGGCGGAUAACCAGCAAAGUAGGUUUGAAAAAUCUUUAGGUUUGCUGACGACACGUUUUGUUUCUUUGUUACAAAAAGCUAGAGAUGGUGUACUGGAUUUAAAAGUUGCAGCGGACAUUCUUGCGGUGAGGCAGAAAAGAAGAAUAUACGAUAUAACGAAUGUUUUGGAAGGCAUUGGUCUUAUAGAAAAGAAGAGUAAAAACAGUAUACAAUGGAAGGGUGCUGGACCUGGGUGCAAUACUCAAGAGAUGGCGACACGACUAAGUGGAUUGAAGAGAGAGAUUGCUAUUUUGGAGGAUCAUGAGGCAAAAUUAGAUACUCACAAGCAGUGGGUGCAACAAAGUAUUCGUAAUAUUACUGAUGAUGUAGAGAAUAGUCAUCUUGCGUAUAUCACACAUGAAGAUAUAUAUAAGUGUUUUGAAGGAAACACAUUGCUUGCAAUCCAGGCUCCUAAUGGGACUGAUUUAGAAGUUCCAGUUAUUAAUGAACAGGAGCCAAAUGGCAAGAAAAAGUAUCAGAUUCAUUUGAAGUCUACCCUUGGACCCAUAUAUGUGCAUUUAGUCAAUCAAGAACUUGGAAGUGGAGAUGCAACAUCUGAAACACUGACAGCUGAAGAUUCAGUUCAGAAAGAGUCUGUUUCCGAGGAGUCAUCUGGAUCUAAUUCAAAAACAAUUACGUUACCAAAUAUGAGUCCUCCUGCUACUCGCUCUGCACGACUUAGGAAUUCCCCAAAUAAAGGAAUGGCAGCAUCUCCAAAAAGUGAGCAGCCCAGAGCACCAUCUCCCACUAGUGGCAAACGGAAAAGAGGGCCCGGAAGACCUCCUAAGCAACCUAAAUUGGAACCUGAUGUAACAGAACAAGAUCCCGAGUUAAUGGAUUCUGACAUCAUUCUUAGUGAUGUCAUUUCUGGAGGUAACUCAGAUGCAAGUAUGGGUGGAUACCAUGGAGAACUUGAUGAAUUUCUCUCUCAUGAUUUGUGUGGACCACUUGUUCGACUUAGUCCUCCUCCCAGUGAAAAAGACUACUUCUUCAAUCUUGAUGAAUCUGAAGGUGUUUGUGAACUUUUUGAUGUUCCAAUGAUUACAAUGUGAAAUUUCUUUAACAAAAUAAUAUUAUUGAACAAUAAUAGUCUCCUUGUGAUUACAUUCUCUGACAAUUUUUGUAUCAGAUCAUGCUUGAUGAAGCAUAUUCCAUAAUGGACUUUAUUCAUUGAAAAGAAGAAUAUGUUAGAUAUGGAAUGCAGAGUAGGAGGCUUUUGCCUCUAUAUAUUUGAAGAAUUUCGUAUUUUUUGUAUAGAGCAGUGUUUCAAAGGAAGAAAUAUUCAGUGUUUUUAGAGUUUUUGAGAUUUUUUUUCAGCAAUGCAAGACUGAUGGAAAUAUUGUACAAUAAGAUAGUACUGAAAUUUUCUCCCUAGUAAAUAUGUAAAUUAAAGUGUGUCUUUAAGUUGUAGAUUGAACUUCUUUUAGCUUAAUCCAAUGAAUUUCUCUCAAUUCUACUACUAGUAUCCUUCAUAGGUAGAAGAGAGUGAUAAGUAUAUUGACAGCUGUGAUAGCUGGAGGUCCUUACUUACAAGUCAGUCAGAAGGAUCUCAACUAUAGUUGCCUAAAUUCAAACACAGCAGUGUGUUUUGUCCAUGUUCUGAAAAACUGCUACCUUCUUAAGCUGUACAAUGUAAAUGUUUGAAUCUGUAUAUUAACACAACAUAAAUUAAUUUCAUGGAUAACAGAGUAAAAUUUAAAUAAGUUUGUUCUCUUUCUAGAAAUCCUUCAUAUUGUUUAAUCCAAUUAGUAUCCCUGUAGUAUCUCUUGUGUAGUGUCUCUGUAUAUAUAUAUAUAUAUGUAGCACAAGAUGACGCUUCAUCUAAAUGUAAUUCCUAAUACACCUGAUACACCUGAACUUCGUUGUUGCUGAGCAUCUUUGUGUCGUGAGUCGAGGCAGAGAAGGGCAGGAGGAGCAGGUGGCACAACAAUGAGAGUGGAGAGGGUUAAAAAAAGAGAGAGGAGGGAAGAAUUAGUUAACUCGUAAAUAAGAAA